GUUGGACUAAUAAUGUGUUCUCCAGAAAUGGAGCAGCUUGUCAGGAAUCAAAUUCACCAGAAAAGACCCCCAUUUUUACCUUUUCUUCUCCGUUUUCCCAUUUUCUCUCUCUCCUCACUCUCAUCCUGCAGUACUCUACUCUGAAGUAUAUUCAAGCUUGUGACUUGUUAGCUGAUGACAAUUUUCCGAAAAUUAAGAAAAAAAUAAGGGUAUGUUAUUUGGGAUUGAUGCUGAUUUUGAAGCUUGGAUGAAGAAAUUGUUGGUGGGUUUAGUGCAUGUAAUCAGAAAUCUGGGGUAAUAAGUAAUUGCUUAUUUGUGUGGGUGGGUUGGGGUGGGGUGGGGGGUAUCUGGGUUGGGUGUGGAGGUAUGGAGAAUGGGUGGCAAAGGAAAUGUGAUAUGAAAUUUCCAUGUUCAACUUCAAGGGUCACUUCCACUUUGGAGCAGAUUCAGCUUCAAGAGGGUAGGAAUCAGAUGAAUAUGAACCUAAGUAACAGUAUUCUUCCUCGUGAUGCACGAGAACAAGGACCACUGUCUCCACUAAUGAAACAACCACCUGCUUCCAAUACAUUGAAUUUUGGUUCAUGCAAUCAAAACCAAACUGAAACCGGAAGUUUGUUCCGCUCUCUACUGUCACUUCCACCUGCUUUAUCAAAACAUGAUUCCCACAGAAAUUUACCCACACAUUCUUCUGGUGGCAUUUGCAUUCCAGAUGCUUCUGCACAGUGCAAUGCUGGCACCAUGCCAAAUUGGUCAUUGGUGCCCACUAGUGCAAGCUUUAAUGCUGGUACUAGAGUGGAUGGGUAUCCUAAUUUUCCAUCUAGACCUGGUUUGAACCCCAAGCAUGGUAGUAAUUGUGGCCUUGGUCCAAGUGAUGAACUCGAUGCUCUGAGGGGACUCAUCACUCAUGCUGGUUCCAGGAUUGAAUAUGGGAUCAACACUUGUUUGCCGAAGGGGGUAGCUUGCGCUUCAAGCAUUACUCCUGCAGGUCUCAGGACUGAAAAUGGGAGCAAUACUUAUUUGCCAAAGGUGGUAGCUUGUGCUCCUUCAAGCUGCAGUACUGCGCUGGAUACGUCUUUGCAAAUACCGUCUGUCAAUAUGAAACAUAAUUCAGCUGUAAAUGAAUGUCCUCGUGUCUUUUGCCUGGGUGCAAGUGGAAAUUUACUCCUCAGCAGCACAGGACUUUUUGGUAUUCGCUGCUCAUGUCAUGGUUUGCACAUGUCAGUGGCUAAAUUCUGUGAGCAUUCAGGGUUAUCUGAUGUUAAUCCUGGAUAUACGGUACGCCUGGAUGGUGGGGAGAGUAUUGCUCAAUGGCGUAAAGUGUACCUCCAAAAGUUCGGGAUUAGGGCUCCAGGGGAUCAUAGAGGAUGGGACUGGCCGGAAGAAGUGUUAGCAACUUCUGGGUUCACAAAUAGCAGCAUGACUGUUACUGACAGGAGGAAGGUUUUUGACUUGUCUAGUCUGUUUAAUUCAUCUGCAGAAUCAGUAAAUUCUACACAGCCUUGGAACAAUGUGUCCACAAAAACACCUCGACCAAGACAGGAAUGUUCUAAUCAGGUGUCAAAAGUUGCUCAAUCCAAAAGUGGUUUUGGCCACUGCAGCAUGGGAAUCUCUAGAACAAACUUAAACAGUAUGACCGUAAAUCCCAUUUGCCCUACUUCUAGAAUUGUUCCGCCUUUAUUGCCUAGUGGCAAAGAAGGAUCAGGGAAUGAUGUUCAGGCAAAGUCCUUCAACUUAGAUCUCGCACAGGAGAAUUCGUUUACUUCUUUUCAGAACUUACAGAGUGUUGACUUCAGGGCGAACAAUACCAUGAAGGAUGACACUAUUCUGCAUGGAAGUACGAUUCCUUCUAGCAUUGAGUUGAAGCUUGGACAGCCAUCUCAGCGGAGUUUGGGUCCAGGAUCUGCCGUGCUAUCAGCUGGCAAACCUCAAACUACUGUCCAGGAGAAGCUGACUCACAACUCAGCAAAUGCUAAGGUCAUUGAACAAAGUAAGCCGCACAUUUUUUGUCACUCUAUACCUGCUAUCAGCAAAACAAAAGAACCAAUCCAAACAGGCCCUCUGCAUGCAUCAACUUCAUUUCAGGCAGAUUCCCGUAAUAAUAUGAUGACGUGUACAAAUGGUGUGGCUCCUGGGAAACACUCGAAAAAUGGGCUGGAUAAUAAAUUUGCAAUUUCAGUGCAGUUCCCCCCUUCUAAUACUUUAGCAGGAGGGAGUUCAUAUAAUAAGGAAGUGGGUUCUAGGAUGCCGAACAGCAAUUCAAUUCAUCCCUGGGUGCUUCAUAGCCAAACUCAUGUGGAUAGGUCUGUAUUAAUAGACUUCGCUUGUAAUGAAAAUUCUUCAAUCAGACCUUUCGACAUCAAUAAAUCAGCUUUUCCAAAUAAUGAGAACAGAAACACAGAUGCUGCAAGUGGUUGUCAGGAUUCGAUUAUUGGAAGUGAAUCUGGCCAUAGGCUUUAUGGUAACACCAGAAAUGGAACGUUUAAUCCUAGUGCUAGUGCAUUGCCAUCUGUGAAAUUUAAUCCACUUGUGAUGGCAAACGGGUUGUCUGGUGUCUCUGGUGCUUCAAACCAUAUUAGAAAUGCAUUUGAUUUGCCAAACAAAGUUGAACGAGAUCAUUCAUGCAAUAAAACGAAAAAUUCAUCCUCGAGUUAUAGAGUAACUCCUACCGCGCAGGAAACUUCCACGGGAUUCUCCCAAGUGCCUGAAGUCAAGGCUCUUGGUCAUGGUUCUGCUUCUUUUAGAGAAGAUGUUGAAACUUUAAAGCAUAUAUCAGACGAGAGUUUGAGGCUUCUUGCUUUGAGGAACAUAGACAGAUCAGUUAAGGGAAAGACGAUGGAUUCUUCUCUUGUAUUUAGUCCACAAACAUCUAAUAAAAAACAACUAAGCAAGAAGUACGAGACAGCUGAUUUGACUGCAAAGGAUAUAUUUCUCAAUCAAGGGCCUUUUGAAGGACAGUGGCAUGGUCGUCCAUUUCCUGUUGGGCACAUCGUCUCACCAUCAUUACUUGAUGCUGAUCAUAAAGAAGGUGCUCAUUUGGAUGCUGUUACUCAAGAGAUUGAAUUAUUUUCCGAUUUAGCUGGCAAAAAUGAAGAUCAAUGUAAUUCACGGUCACAGAAACAGCCUUCACCGAGUGUUGAAAGACAAGAAAACAUGAGAUGUGAUUGUAAAACAGUGGAAAGAUGCUAUAAAGGAUCAUGUUCUCAUAUGUCAGACAAGUUCAUGUGCAAUGACGCGAAAGUAUAUUUGAAGAGAGAGCCGGACUGCAAUCAUAAUAGCACUAUGCAUGGAUUAAAGAAGCAAACAAGCAUUGAAGUUGUGGAAACCCCUAAAUGUAGCUCUAGAUUUGCUAAUGGCUGUGUCUCUAGUGAAGUUUUGACCUUUGUAGACAGCUACCAAAAGGGGAAGAAUCAGAUUUUAAAACCUGACUGCAGAAGUUCUCAGUGGGUAGAUGUUCCUUCCAAGGCUAAUACAGUUUCCAAAAUGAGAAGCUCAGAUGCACAGAUUCAUUUAUUUGAUGCUAGGGAAAAAUCUGCAGUUAACAUGACUGGGCUUGCCGUUAAAGGCAAUUCUGAAGUGAACCAGGAAACUGAGUUGCUGAAAAGGAAAGAAUUAUCAGACAUUCCCUCUGAUUCUAGGGGAAAAUCUGUAACAAAUGUGAUAGGUUUUGCUGCUAAAGGCACUCCCGAAUCGAACCGCGCAGCUGAGAUGCUGAAAGUAAAAGAAUUAUCGGACAAUUCCUCUAAAUGUUCUGCACCAGCUGUUACUCAAGCAUCUAAUGAAAUCAAUACAAUUGACUCUUCUACUGUUGAUGUGGGUCAAACUUUAUACGGUAACAGCCAAAUAGCCGAUCAAGGAUCUGCUAUCUUGAGAAGCUGUUCAUCUGUUGAAGCAGUCGAUAGUGUUAGAAGUUCACAAUAUGUUUGUGAUGGUAAGACUAGAUCUUCUGAAGAAAAAAAUUUGACGAUGUUUGGUAAUGUAGCUUGUCAUGUUGCCAUGGAAGAACUUGAGCAAACACAGUCAAAAUCUAAGGAGUUACAAAAAUUCACUGUUUCUGGAGGUAGUUCUGGUGAAGUCUUUAGUAUGACUCAGAAUGAGAAUGGAUCUAAGCUCAAAAAGAGAAAGUGUAUAACAAAAUGGAAAAUGCUGGGAGCCUCAUGUACCGUCUCAGAUAUUUCUCUGUUACCCUAUGAAUCUCGAGUUUGUGCUGCUAGUGCCGCCGAUCACCAUGCUGCUACUUCUGAAGACUUUCAAAUUCCUCUUCAACCUACUUUUUAUUUAUCUAAAAUGCUGAAUGUCAAUUCGAAUUCUUACAGUCUCAAACAAAGGAAGAAAUCCAAAUUUUCGGUCAAAAAGCUUUCUCGUAAAAGAGAUUUAAAUGGCAUAUAUGACAUCGUGGAGGGUGAACCUAGAAGUUGGGAUUCGUUGAAGGGAUAUGAUGAUGCCAUUCACAUUCCAGAAAUUUCUACUGUCAAAAAGUUAAAACAGGCGAAGUUUGCUGAAGCGGCUGGGAAACAGAUGAAGGGUACUGCUGGUAAGGGAUAUUGGAUGCACACUUCAAUUUAUGAUGGAAUUUUGAAGUGCAGUUCGAAGGGCUUCCAAAAAGCAAAGCCUAUAGCUUGCGGAAAGUAUGGUAUUAUAUGUGACCAGGAAUUAGAUAUUGACCAAUUAAAGCCACCUAAGAUAGUUCCUCUGAGUCAGGUUCUAAAAGCUUCCAAAAAAUCUGCCAAGUUUGAUAAAAAGUCUCGAACGCGUUCAACCAGGAAGAAGAAUAAAAACCAUUUUAGUGAUUGUAGAAAAGGCCUUGAUGUGUCGCACAGUUUACAUCAAGCUGAGGGUAGCCAAUCUUAUAACAUUCUGUCAUGUCAGGGGACUCACCAAACGCACCAGGAUAGUACACAUAUUGAUGAUACUUUUGGGACGGAAGAAAUUGGAAUCAAUGAAAGCAAAAGAAACCUUAGUAGUUCAGCCUGUCGUCCACAAUCAAAGACCAAGGAAAUUCGUAUGCGCAGCCUUUAUGAGUUAUCAAUGAGAGGAAAUAAAUUCAUAUCUGCUGAUACCAGUCGUUCACUGAAUGUAAUGUUUGCACCAUCAGCAGCAUGUGAAUUGGAAAUGGUCCAUCAAGAUGAUAAUGCUGGAAUUGAAGCUUCUAACAGAAGGUCUUCUAGAAAGCUUCACUAUAGUUCUGUUGUGUCAAAAGCAGCUGAAUUAUGCUGCGUGUGUGGAGUUUCAAAUAGAGAUGAUGCCAAUUGUUUAUUGGAGUGUGGACAUUGUUCAAUUCGAAUCCAUCAGGCUUGCUAUGGGAUUUCUAGAGUGCCAAAAGGGGAUUGGUUUUGCAGACCAUGCAGAACGAAUUCUAAGGAUGUUGCUUGUGUCCUCUGUGGUUAUGGAGGUGGGGCCAUGACUCGAGCAUUUGGCAGCCGCCACAUGGUGAAAGGUCUAUUGAAAGCAUGGGAUAUUAGGACAGAACCUCAUAUUAUGAACAUGGGUUCUGCUGAAGCCUUGUAUGUUCCAGCAAAGAUGGAGCUUCAGAACAAUUUGGAAAGUGCAACACAUCAGCUCCGUCCUUCGAUAAAACCAGUGGUGCAUAACAGCAUAAUAUCAGGAUUGUUUGAUCCAACUGUUAAGCAGUGGGUUCAUAUGGUGUGUGGCUUAUGGACUCCAGGAACAAGAUGUCCUAAUGUGGAUACUAUGAGUGCCUUUGAUGUUUCUGGUCUUUCCCACUUGAAAGAACACAUGGGUUGCUAUAUAUGCAAACGAGCUGGUGGUUCAUGCAUACAGUGUAGGGUUGAGACGUGUUAUACACAUUUUCAUCCUUGGUGCGCUCAUCAGAAGGGUCUUCUGCAAAGCGAGGUUGAAGGAGUUGAGAGUGACAAGGUUGGUUUCUAUGGAAGAUGUAUGCUUCAUGCUAAUUCCAUAGCUUGUCACUCUAAGAAUGAUGCUGAUACCAACAAGUCCAAUUCCAAUAUUGAGAGGGAAGACGAGCCAACUUGUGCUAGAGAAAAGGAUUAUCAAGUAAAGCAAUGGGGAAUAAGAGGGCAUUAUUCUUCGUAUCAACGUAGUGGUAAGAGUGGAUGCUUUGUCACUCAGGUGCAAUUAGAUGCUUGGUCUUACAUCAAUCGACACAAGCUGAGGAUGAUUAGGCAGCCUAAAUCUUCAGUUACAGAUGUAGACCAUGAUUACCGGAAAGAAUAUACUCGAUUCAAACAAGCAAAGGGAUGGAAACAUUUGGUAGUCUAUAAAUCUGGAAUUCAUGCUCUUGGUCUAUACACAUCUCAGUUUAUUCAGCACGGUGCAAUGGUUGUCGAGUAUAUCGGUGAGAUAGUGGGACCCCGUGUUGCUGAUAAAAGAGAGGCUGAGUAUCUGUCUGGGAAAAAACUUCAGUAUAAAAGUGCAUGCUACUUUUUUAGGAUAGAUAAGGAGCAGAUUAUUGAUGCAACCUGCAAAGGUGGGAUAGCUCGGUUCGUCAACCAUUCAUGCCAGCCAAACUGCGUUGCCAAGGUGUUAACUGUCCGGGGUGAGAAGAAGGUUGUGUUUUUUGCUCAAAGAGAUAUUAACCCGGGGGAGGAGAUAACGUAUGAUUAUCAUUUUAAUCACGAGGAUGAAGGGAAGAAAAUUCCCUGUUUUUGCAAUUCGAAAAACUGCAGGCGCUAUUUAAAUUAGGCGAACAAAUGCAUUGUAGCGAUAUGUAUUCUUCGUUAUCAACAUCUCAUCUGUUGUACAAGCUCAAUUUCAUGGUGAUGAUGAUAUGAACGAUAUGUAUUCUUCGUUAUCAACAUCUCAUCUGUUGUACAAGCUCAAUUUCAUGGUGAUGAUGAUAUGAAUACUAGGAUGAUGCAUCCUCCUAUUAACAUUGUAAAUUUUCCAUAUUUUGUUGAACCGACUAGAAUUUGUUCCAUCAUAACCUCGAUGCAGCUCAAACUCGCCCAUAUACCAGUACCACUGAAAUCCUUAACGACCCUUUUGGUACACAAUAUUAAAAUGCAUUCAAAAGUACGUUCAUGCGCCCGCCCUCAAUU